AACACUUGCGCCAGCAAAGAUAAUUACUGCAUGGGUAGUACCAGUUAACAAGGCAAAUGAAUAUUUUUGGAGAGCCGGUAGAUGUGGUGGAAGUGAACUUAAAUUCAACCGAAAUUUUGCAGAAAUUAAGGAUACUGAAGGGAAAAGAAUAGGGAGACAGAGUUAUUGGACCCUAACAGAGGGGGAAAUCAUUCAACAUGGCUGCUCCUAUGCACGUGCAGCUGCACAAUGCGGAGAGUGCCAUCUUGUUCAUGCAGCAAGAGCACGCCAAGACACUGCAGGGCCUGCACCAAGAACUGCAAAAACUCCAGAAAAAGUGCGCCGAGUUAACCUUUGAACUUGCCAUGAAGAGCGAAGCGCCGGAUGAAGAAUCAUAUGUAAAGCAGCAGAAGGUGUUGGAGGCCCAGCUCAAAGAGAAGGCCACCGAAUGUGAAGAAGUGAAGAGGGAGAUUGAGCACCGCGACACCAGAAUCAGCCGCCUGGAACAGCAGGUGAAGGACCAGGAGAGGCAUCACCAGGCAGUGAUCAAGCAGCACCAGCAGCAAGUGUUAAUGCUAAGCCGGGAGCUGGAGCAGCGCUCCAGCAGCAUUGCGUACCUCACCACCCAGCUGCACCAGCUGAAGCUGCGGCAGCAGUCGAGGGGUGGUGAGGAGGUGGGGCCGGCCAACGAGUGGGCGGGCACGCCCACCCCGCCCAAGGACAAGCCACACCACAUGCGCCGGCAUAAAGUCCGCUCCACCUCUGUCGGGCUGGAGAACGUCAAGGUUCCCCUGCGGGCUGUCCACCCUUCCGGUUUGGACCACAGCGGCCUGCUGGACUAUGCAUCAUAUGUGGCAGAAGCCGGGACCACACCGCAGUACAUAGUCAGGACGCGGCGUUCAGGCUCAGCGGGUCCGCACCAUCACAACUCGGCCACCCACUCUAGGACUGACAUAAUGAACCUGCAGCCAUUCCUUGCCAAAGGCACAGACCACAGCCGGGACACACUGAGGCCCACCCCACCGCCGGUCUUGCCCCCAAUCACCUCCAGCGAGGAUCGAAACAGAAACCUACUGGACAAGCGCACCGUCUUCUCUAAGCGAGGAGUCCACAGAUCAAAUACUGAGUUUGAGCAGGCAGUGGCGACGGAAACCCUGGCCGUAGAACAGGUUUGCUUGAGAGAGAAAGGCCUGCGACAGCUAGAACAGUCAAAAUCUGACUGAAUUCCCUUGAUUGCAAUUUCUGUCUCAUUUUAGUUUCGUUUAGUUUGCUCCAGUUUGCUAGUUCACAUCCAUACAUCAAAGAUCACCACCAAACAGUUCAUGCAGUUGUGUUUGUCAUUUUUACAAUGUACAUGUACAUUGUACAUGCAGAGUGCUUGGUCUACCAUGUUACCUAUUGAAAGCUGCAUUUCCAUCAUUCAUUUCAGGUUUAAGAAUACAUGUAGAUAAAGUACUGUACAACAGAAAGCUAGAGCCCAUGCCCCCAUCAGAAUUGGCCUGACCUGUUUAAAAUCUUGGGGCACUGUCAAGAGUUAACAUUGAAAAAAAAAAACUUACAAUCUGAAAUCGUGAAACAAUUAACUAAAUUAUUGGAAUUUUCCGUUUUUACCUUCAAAGUAGCCUUGUUGCUGUGCCCUAAUUCGUCCACAAAUUUCAAUCUGUUUCGCUUUAUUUGUGUUUUUUUUUUAUGGAAAACAUUUACACUUGUGAUCAACUCGUGUCAGACACUUUUUGUGAAUGGGUCAUUCCAUGAGGUUGGGUCACAGUUUGUGACGUCCAUAUUUCCCUGCAUGUGGAUUCCAAAUUAUACAUCUUGUAAGGCUGAAUACAGAAGUGUGUGUUAUUUUUACAGAGUAA